AUGUAUGUGAAAUGGUUUGAUACAGUAAUGUUUUACUUGUUAUUUUAGUGAAUUGAGUGAAUGUCACUUUUUGUCAUUUUCAAAUUUCCUGCCGUUCCGUCCCUGUACGUGCCAACGUUGCAGGGGACGGAACCCAGAAGACAGAUGCCGGCAUCUGCCGGAGGACAUUACAGGGGACGCUGCAGGAGGGACAUCGCGGGAGCGCAGGACAAGGUAAGAGAAGAACAGAUCCCGGAGCAGCACCGCAUGGUAAGCCCAAGUGUAGCUCGGGGUUACCGCUUGUGUUACACUUGGGAAUACCGUCAGGGAGGCUAC